AUGACCACAAGAGAGCUGGAGGAGAUUUACAGAUAUGGAGUAGAAAUCCUCAUUCCUCCGUCUCUUCCUGCUUCUCUGGGUGAAAGAAAUAGGCUCAAAACUAUUUACAGUUUGCCGACAAUGCUCAAAUAUCAAGUAAGGGCGAGUAAUCGACCAUCCGCCUAUGGCAGCCCUUCCUCCUCAACUCAGGACACAACCUUGACCAGCAGAAGUAACUCUCUUGCCUCGCUGAAUUCGGUGGACAGUGCGAAUUCCGAAGGCGACUGGGGAACCUUAAGGGUGUACACAAGUAAUGUGAAGGAAUGCACCGCCUAUAAAACGAUUCGAGUUUCCACACAGUGUACAACAAGAUCCGUGAUCGAAACCAUCCUCAUUUCCACACAGUGCACAACAAAAUCCGUGAUCGAAACCAUCCUCAGUAAAUUCAAGAUUUCUUGCAAGGAUACGAAUUUGUUCGAAUUGUGGAUGGAAGUCACCACCAAGGCCACUACUGGAGCAGUGCGCACGAUUCUGAGAUUGGAUUACACAGCCAGGCCAUUGCAACUACAGAGGUGUCAUCCGGCAAAUAUGUCGCGUUUCAUACUCCAUAUGACUUCAGAAGGAACUCUAGUCAGGGUCCACGACCAUAAUAUUUCCCCUCAGGUAAGGACUCAUACUCUCUGAAA